GUUAAAUAAAUUCCAUUUAACAAGUUUGAAAUCCAAUAUUUAAAUCUUCGUAUGUAAUAGACAUAUCACUAAACGAUUACUGUUAAAUUCCACUUGAAGGAGAACCUAAUUCUGUCUUCUUUUAAAAAGCCUGAAAUGGUUUUAAGACAAGAAUACCUGGGAUACAAAUAUUAUGUAAGAAAGAGCUGGAAAAAAUUCGCAGCCGCUGAAUCCUUAAGCUGGGGAUACAACUUUUUUUUAAUUUAAAACACUUUCUUUUACUUUAUUUAUUUAUAUUGAUUAGAAACGUAAUAAUAAUUUGAAUACGUGUUUAGAUUUAUAUCAUAAUUUGUUUGUUACAUUUAUUGUAUUUACUAAUUUAAAACAAUUAAAUAAUUAUGUUGAUCACCAGUUUAAUCAUUUGGCUUUCAGUUUUAGCGCCAAUGGGUGUUGAAGCAUCUAAUGCUCCAAAAGUUAAAAAAAAUCCUAAGAAUAUAGUAGCCAUCGCUGAUUUUCCUUUUGGUAUGGAUAAGAAUGUUAAGGGUAAUAUUGUAUUUAGCGCCAAAGAAGGAAAGGCUGUUCAAGUCCAUGUUGAUAUGACGGGCUUGCCCCUUGAAGGUGGUCCAUUUUUUUACCAUAUUCAUGAAAACUCAAUUCCUGGGAACGGUAAUUGUGAAGCUGCUGGUUUGCACUUUAAUCCAUAUGGUGCUUCUCCUGAUUGUUCAAUACAAAAAGAUGAUUCAAGAUGUCAAAUUGGUGAUUUAUCUGGUAAGCAUGGCUGGAUUAAUACUACUUGUUUUGAAGACAAGUUUGAAGAUUCUUAUUUAUCUUUGAACAAAAAAUCAAAAGCUUAUAUUAUUGGAAAAUCAAUUGUCUUCCAUUUUGCAAAUUUGAGUAAGUUUGCAUGUGCUGAUAUAGAGUAUGCCUCAGACUUGAGAAUUUCAAGCUUGAUUGAGGAAUAUAAGGCUAAUAAUGAUUUGAUUGAUGUUCAAGAUUUUGAACAAGUAACUGAACUCGAUUAUCAAUUCAAUGAAGAUGAAGGUUUAGAAUAUGAAAUCUAUGAAUUAUCUGCACAGGAACAACAAGAACAGCAGUUGCAACAGCAAAAUCAUAAGUCAUUAGAGGUAUUUCAGAAAGAAUCUGAAGAUUUGGAGAAUGUUGUCUACCACAAUAUAGAAUUUUAUAAGAAUAGUACUACCAAUUUCACCAGCCCUUUACAUAACUUCACAAAUGGGACUAAUCAUACAAACUUAACAUCAAACCAGUAUUCAGGAGAUUUCGAAAGUUCAGCUGCCUCCUUAAUUAAGUUUGGAAUCACUACCCUAUUUGCUGCUUGUCUUGGUUUGUUGAUUUGAAACCAAUGUCAGCUGUAUUAUUUCGUAUUAGCAUCUUACACCGUUGAACGUUUCUUUCAACGGCGUCCUCUACUUUAUUUACACAUAUUAUUUCCUUCUGCUGAACGCUUCUUUCAGUAUAGUCUU